CGGUCACUUUGAUGGGGAGACUUGCGUUACAACUAGGGACCGAUAGAUUGGUUUUCUAACCAUCUGCCUGUGAAAUUAAGACAUGUCCUUCUGUCUCUUCGAUCCUCGAGUAAAUUUAACGUUUUUGGCACUGCUUCUGGUGUACCAAAUUUACUUCAUAAAAUCUCUGAGCGCUGAGACGGGAAGAUCAAGAUCGAAUACAACUCAAGAUGGGUCCCAAACUUGUGCAAAUGAUUUUCUCAAACCUAAGAUUUGCCCAACAAAGAAUGAAGACCGGACCCAGGAUGCAUUUUUCCGCCUGGUGAGGCUCAAUGGUGUAAAAAUCGGCCACAUUCGGGAAAUGAAACUCGAGGAGAAUAAAUCACAUCGAGUUGUGACCCGCAGUUUUCAACCAUUGUUAUUCGAGAUAAACGAAUUUCUGAGCCACAAGGAAUGCGAUCUGCUCAUUCAGUUAUCCCAACAAAGUCACCUUAAGGACAGCUUAACAAUCAAGGGAAAAGGAGAAGGAAUUGGUAAAGAGGAAUUCGUGAAGAAGCUGGCCUCAAAGAAUUUGACCCUCGAAAAAACUCUGUUCUGCUGGAAACUCCAACGACCUGUCUAUGACACUGAUCGGGACGGAAAAAUAACCCUACAAGAAUUUAUAAGAUUUGUGGAUCUAGAGAAAUAUGUUUAUCCGACAAAGGAAGAUGCAUUGCCGAUAUUUACUUUAUUUGAUUUCAACUCAGACGGAUUUGUUGAUGACAAGGAGUGCGCAGACGUCACAAAUGCUACCUACGUUGAGUUCCUCUUUCAUGUCGAGAAACUCAAAUCUGACCCUCGGUAUUUCAUUCGCUUUAGUGAAUCUGCAGUGCUUUCUAAAGACACGCCCGUUGUGAGAUCGCUACAGAGAAGGAUCGCUAAGCUCACGGGCCUGUCAAGAACUUUAAUAGAAAAAAGUGAAGAAAUUCAGGUGGUACGUUACUCUGUGUUGGGCCAUUACAAUGCUCACUACGACACAACGCACGAUUCUGCCAGGAUAAAGGAAUGCUGCCGUGAAGGACAAGAUUUUCAAGAUUGCAACUUGUGCAGGUUCGUUACCAUUCUCCUUUACUUAAACAACGUGGCGAAAGGCGGCGAAACGGCAUUCCCCUUGGCGGAUGAUCCUGAACGUUUCUACUCGAGAAACUAUUCCGUAACCCUCAAUGAAAGAUGCCGCGAAGCUAACCUACUGAUCCAACCAAAGAAAGGCAAAGCGGUCAUGUGGUACAAUCAUCUCUUAGAGCAUGACGGGGAUGAUCACAUGGGUGUCUUUGAUUGGCUGUCUUUACAUGGUGGAUGUGACGUCAUUGAGGGAGUCAAGUGGAUUGCGAAUGUAUGGUUGAACGCACCCUUAAGGAAAGACGACAAUUCAUAAUUGAACUGUAAUGUUUUAGAUCGUAAUUAAAGCGCGGGAAAAUGCGGGCGACCAAGUCGUUAUUGUUUUAAGUUUUGCAUCUAAUUGGUUGAGAAAGUGGCGCUAGUUCUCUGGGCCAAUCACAGAGCGAUGUCAAAGAAAACCAAAGUAAUCUUGGAUUAGCAGGUAAUUUAGUGUUAACAACUGAGUUGAAAACGUGAAUUGGCCACCGUCAAGAGUAAAAAGGCUGACUUUUCGAGCGUUAGCCCUUCGUCAAGUAAUCCAAAGCAAUCUUGGAUUACUUUCGACACUCAAUUGAAAAUUGCUCCAUCAGGAAAAUAUUGCUGGACUACACUUGUC